AUGUCCAUGGCCAAGCUCGUUGUCCAAAACCGGAGUACAAGAAGGACACGGAGGUUGCUGUUGGACGGAACCAAGGCAUCCAAAAUCCUCGACACCAUCACCUUGCAAUAUGCUGACCGCCAUCCGAGGCAGUCCCGUCAUCAGAGCCAAAGAGCGUAUCGUAGCAUGGCUGCUGCUGAUAUUGCACGCUCUCGUCCUCUCUAUCUCGGUGCUCUUACUCCUAAGCCCGAACACCAUCUUCAAUCGUCACAGCGGCUUAGCAAGUGUCAGUCUAAACAUGGCGGCGCUUUCUCAAUCGUCGCCACUCGAAUCUUCACUGUCGAGCAAUCUAACAUGCUCUCCCUCUUGAUCAACGGUCCAUAG